GCGUCAGAGCGAUAAGCAUCGCGAGCCUAGCAGGUUCUGGAGAGUCUGGGCGAGAGAGAGCGAGUGAGUGACUGCGAGAGGAAGAAGAAGAGAUGGGGAAGGGAGGGCAAGGGAACGAGGUUGAGGGGGAGAACAUGGCGGCGUGGCUGGUGGCCAAGGACACGCUCAAGAUCAUGCCCUUCAAGCUCCCGCCGCUAGGCCCCUAUGAUGUCCGGGUCCGGAUGAAGGCGGUGGGGAUCUGCGGCAGCGACGUGCAUUACCUCAAGGAAAUGCGCAUCGCGCACUUCGUGGUGAAGGAGCCGAUGGUGAUCGGGCACGAGUGCGCAGGGGUCAUUGAGGAGGUCGGCGCCGGCGUGACGCAGCUCGCCGCCGGCGACCGCGUGGCGCUGGAGCCGGGCAUCAGCUGCUGGCGCUGCAGGCACUGCAAGGGCGGGCGGUACAACCUGUGCGCCGACAUGAAGUUCUUCGCCACGCCGCCCUACCACGGCUCCCUCGCCGACCAGAUCGUGCACCCGGCCGACCUCUGCUUCAAGCUCCCGGACAACGUCUCCCUCGAGGAAGGCGCCAUGUGCGAGCCGCUGAGCGUCGGCGUCCACGCGUGCCGGCGGGCGGAGGUCGGGCCGGAGAAAGGGGUUCUCAUCAUGGGCGCCGGCCCAAUCGGGCUGGUCACCAUGCUCUCCGCCAGGGCGUUCGGCGCGCCGCGGAUCGUGGUCGCCGACGUCGACGAGCACCGCCUCUCCGUGGCCAGAUCCCUCGGCGCCGACGCCACGGUCGUCGUCUCCGCCGCCGAAGGGGAUCUAGCAGCCGAGGUGGAGCGGAUCCAGGCGGCCAUGGGCGAUGGCGGCGGCGGGGAGAUCGACGUGACCCUGGACUGCGCCGGGUUCAGCAAGAGCAUGUCGACGGCGCUGGAGGCGACGCGGCCCGGCGGGAGGGUGUGCCUGGUGGGGAUGGGGUGUAACCAGAUGACGGUGCCGCUCACGUCGGCGGCGAUCCGGGAGGUGGAUGUGGUGGGGAUUUUUAGGUACAAGGAUACAUGGCCGCUGUGCAUCGAGUUCUUGAGGAGCGGGAAGGUGGAUGUGAAGCCGUUGAUCACGCACCGGUUUGGGUUCUCGCAGAAGGAGGUGGAGGACGCCUUCGAGGUCAGCGCCCGCGGCCGCGACGCCAUUAAGGUCAUGUUUAAUCUCUAGAUCGAGCCCCGGCUCCGGCGAGCUUGACUGUGCUCAUGCUGCCGCUGCUGCUAGCCAUGGCAUGGAUGGAUCAUGGAUGGAGAUGGUGUGUUUCAGACUUUCAGUGUGUUGAAUAAAUGAAGGGUGAACCUGAUGUCAGAUAAAAGGCUCUCCCUUUUGUCAAUAUAAGCAUGUUGGUCGUCUUCAUCCUACAGCAGAAACAAAAUGUAUGUAUGUUAUGCGUCUACUUAAAAAGAUGGUCAUACUGAAAACACACACACAAUUAGUAGAACAGAUUGGUGCCAGUGAAUAUUGCACAA